CGUCCUGCGUCCUGCGUCCUGCGGUAAAAAAAGUUCCAGAACAUUUUGAUGAUCAAUCCUUGUGGUUCAAUUUAACUGCUCACUUCUCAUCCUACUAUUCUCUUCAUCGAUCCAACCAUCUUCUCCCUUGUACUCUUAUUUCUAUAAACCCCUUCGCUUCCCUCCUUUCUUCCUUCCUUCACCAGCACAAACCGCCAAACUGUUCUCCUCAGCCUUUCGUCGCGCAACCACCCACCCCUUCCGCUCCUCCCUCAGUCUCUCCGUCGUCGCAACAUCUGUUUCUCUGCAUAGACCGUCCCAAGCUCCCACUCAAAUCAAAUCCUCAGCCUUUGCCACCAUGGCGUCAACUCCUCAUACAAAAGUCGCCAUUAUCGGCUCCGGCCCCGCUGCUCAUACUGCCGCCAUUUACCUGUCACGCGCCGAGCUGAAACCGGUUCUAUAUGAAGGCAUGUUAGCAAAUGGAACCGCCGCCGGAGGUCAAUUGACCACAACCACCGACGUUGAGAACUUCCCGGGUUUUUCCAAAGGUAUCGGUGGUAGUGAACUCAUGGACGAGAUGCGCGCCCAGUCCGAACGCUUUGGCACCGAGAUCAUCACCGAGACCAUUUCUCGCCUGGAUCUAUCCUCAAAACCAUUCCGGAUGUGGAGAGAGUACGAUGAUGCCGAGGGUGAGCCACCGGCGCACACCGCAGACGCCGUCAUCAUCGCGACAGGAGCCAACGCUCGACGAUUAGAUCUUCCGGGUGAGGACAAGUACUGGCAGAAUGGUAUCUCGGCCUGUGCCGUCUGUGACGGUGCAGUUCCCAUCUUCCGAAAUAAGCCCCUCUUCGUCAUCGGUGGUGGUGAUUCAGCCGCCGAAGAAGCGACCUUUCUCACAAAAUACGGCUCUCACGUCACCGUGCUGGUGCGAAAGGACGCCCUCCGAGCCUCCAAACUCAUGGCCAAGCGUCUGUUAUCAAACCCCAAAGUCACAGUCAAAUUCAACACCGUGGCCGUCGAAGUACAAGGCGAAGACAAACCCCGCGGAUUGAUGACCCAUCUCAAGGUCAAGAACGUCAAGACAGGCGAAGAAGAAGUCCUCGAAGCUAAUGGAUUAUUUUAUGCCGUCGGACACGAUCCCGCCACCGCCCUCGUCAAGACCCAGCUAGACUGCGAUGAAGACGGCUAUGUCGUCACAAAACCCGGCACCAGCUACACAUCCAUCCCCGGUGUCUUUGCUGCAGGAGACGUUCAAGACAAACGAUACCGACAGGCCAUUACCAGCGCAGGUAGUGGCUGUAUCGCUGCCUUGGAAGCAGAGAAAUAUCUCACUGAAUUGGAAGACCAAGACGGUGAAUCUGCUCCAGCGCUUGAAAACGAGAAUCAGGCAAAGAAACCAGAGAGUGAUGCCAAGAACGAGCCUGAGUAUAGAUCAAAUCCCUUGCUAUGAAGAAUAUUAGAGUUGGACGAAAUUAUGUAAAAUCGAGUCAUGGACUGAAGAGUUGGUCGAUUUAGAAGGUGAAGAGAUUGACUGCACUUUCUACUUAGAUGGAUCGUUUGUCGAGGAUACAUGUCAGAUUAGAAUAGAUGCCAAGUUGGUGAGAAACGGAAGCAAGCCUUUUUCUUCCAUUCCUGUCCUAGACAAGGAAGCCAGGACAGGCCAUCUGUCUGAAUCAACGACUAGAAAAUAGAGGAGAUGGCUCAGCUAGCUCUCUUUAGUCAGUCUUCAAUGGAUGACUUGAAGACCAUUCGACUCAUUUGUUUG